AAUAUUAUUCAGGCACACUAGCAGGGCGGCUAGCUACAGCGGCUAUUAGUGUAGCUAGAGCUAGUGCGAAGCUUGCUGGUACGGUGCAUGCAAUGGCGGCCUCGCUUGGGCUGAACCCUGAAGCUCUCUUCAGUUCCUUCUCCUCGUCGUACUACUCGCCCUUCAUGUCCGACUACGCGCCGAGCUUCCCGGCGGCCAGUAACGCCGUCGACGACGCGGCGGCCUUCUCCGCCGAGCUCGAUGAUCUUUGCCGGUUUGAGUACUCGCCGGCGGCGCCGGUCUUCGCCAGCGCCGGCGGCGGGGCUGGUGGGGACGAUCGCAACGACAAGUCGAUGUCGUGUGAGGGUGGAGAUGAGAAGAGACCGAGAAGCAAUGGAAGGAUCGGGUUCAGAACGCGAUCGGAGGUGGAGAUCUUGGACGACGGUUUCAAAUGGAGGAAGUAUGGGAAGAAGGCUGUCAAGAACAGCCCCAAUCCAAGGAACUACUACCGGUGCUCGUCGGAGGGCUGCGGCGUGAAGAAGCGCGUCGAGAGGGACCGCGACGACCCCCGCUACGUCAUCACCACCUACGACGGCGUCCACAACCACGCCAGCCCCACCGCCGCCGCCGCCAUCCAGUACGGCAGCGGCGGCGGCGGCUUCUACAGCCCGCCGAGCAGCGGCUCGCCGUCGGCCGCCUCCUACUCGGGCUCCUACCUCUUCUGACUUCCGAGUCUUUUUGAAGGACGUGCCCUGACCACGUGCUGUAUCAAGAGGACUUUGACCCAAUGGUUUAAUUUACCGGCCCAGUAGGAUGAGAUAAAUGUUCGGAGGGAUCAUCACCGGCCGGAUAGGUUCCGACCUGCUUGUAGAUUUUUACAGUUGUGCAGUAGUAGUAAUUAGUAAGCUAGAAAUACUUUACUUACCUCAAUUGGUUACCUAGCUCUUCUGAUGAUGCAUCAAUCAUCACUAGGAUAACCGAUGAUGACAGCAUGCUUUUUUUUUUACUUGCCCCUCUUUCUUUGUUCUGUUUUCGUUUCUUUGCAUACGUUUGUAAUAAUUGCUAAAAGGCUGCUGAUUUAACCUCGGUUCUCAACAAUUAUCAUCAGAACUAGAGUUAUCCGUGAGCUUUUUCCUUUUUGCAGUGUAUAGCACUUGCUUGGUGCUUGAACCAAGAUAUUUAUGCCAAAAAAAAAGGUGCAUGGUAACUUUGAA